GCUGCACGCAUGCUUUCAGUAUGGUUGCUAAUUUGUUCUCAGCGUUGGUAUUAUGCUUGACCUUCCUUUCCUACCAAGUGGAAGGGAACUGCCCUUUUGGACGCUGGGGCAAGGACUGCCGUCGACGAUGCAGCUCAAGAUGCGUUGGGACUUGGUGCGAGGCGUCUACGGGGAAGUGUAAACUAGGUUGUGUCGAUCGUUUCUAUGGGGACCGCUGCGAACAGCGUUGUUGGAACUGUGGAGGAUUUGGCCGGUGUUACAGGGACGGUAGAUGCAUAUACACCUGCUCCGCCGGGUGGGCUAGACCGAUCUGUUUGAGCAAGAUUGACUGUGGACAACCAGCUCCUAUCACCACCAUGGUAGUCAGUGGAGGACGUACACACUACGGAGACCGAGCUACGUACAGAUGUGUGAGUGGUUACAGUGGGGUCGGGAGUGGAACGAGCACCUGUCAGGAGAGCGGAAUCUGGACUCGACCAAUGUUAGUCUGCAACAAGAUUGACUGUGGACAACCAACUCCUAUCACCAACAUGGUAGUCAGUGGAGGACGUACACACUACGGAGACCGAGCUACGUACAGAUGCGUGAGUGGUUACAGUGGGGUCGGGAGUGGAACGAGCACCUGUCAGGAGAGCGGAAUCUGGACUCGACCAGUUUUAGUGUGCAACAAAACACCUUGUAAAGACGACUAUUCCUUCUGCCAAGAGGGUUUUGUCAACUGUGAUGCUCCGGGUAUAAGCGAGGCUUGUAAGAAGACCUGUGGAGCUUGUGAAGACACACAUGCAGAGCCAUGCGAUGAUCCAGAGCGAUGGGGGUGGCACUGUGGUGAAGCUUGUUCCACUGCCUGUAGGGAACGACGAUGUGAUAGAAAAUCGGGUCACUGUCUUGGGGAGUGUAUGGUCGGCCACUACGGCGCGGCCUGUGACCUCCGUUGUGAGAACUGUGAUGAAGGAGGGUGCUUCAAGAAUGGAACUUGUCGUCAAGGAUGCAGACACAAAUGGAGGGGGCUUCAAUGUGAUCAGAGAGAUUAAACUUCUGUAUCCCUUCAACUAAUGAAGGGGUGGUGGGGUAGCUUUGUGGUUAAAGCGUUCGCAUGUCACGCCGAAGCCCCAGGUUCGAAUCCCAUAUGGGUGCAAUGUAUCUGUAUGUGCCGCUUUCAGCAUAUUCCUGCAAUAUCACGGCAUUUUAUACGAACGUUAAACACGGAAUGUCCCGAACGUUUACGCCGGAAUGUC